GUCCCCUUCUUGUGAAGCACCUCUUCACUCUUCACAGCUCUCCCUUGACCUGCCAACAGCAUCAUCUAGCAAAGAGUUGGACAGCACUGUUCCAAUGCGCAUUCUUCUUCCGGCCAGAUCCUACUACGAUGACGGGGACUGCUGCGAGUGCACCUGCGAGACAGAUAACGAGCACCUCUGCCAGUUCUUCGUCUGUCUCGACCCUGAGGCUGAGUGUGCGGAGGACGACGACACCAACACCGAUGAUGCAAUGUCGUACGAGUUUAUGCCUUGGGAGACGGAGGACUAAAUUGCUGCCUGUUCUUGGAUGACGUCGGCAAACAUCCCGGAACAACAGUAGCAAAAGUGAUUGUCUGAGGUGACGGGAUUUGAGCUGUUUUCAAGUCAUAUAUUUACAUGAACGGUUGUACGUGCCCUGGGCGCACGUGUGUCUUUGUUUCUUGAGAGCACGGAGUACCGGGGUGCUAGAUAUCGAGUAGGAAUCGUUUCGCGCACCGUGAGUCGUGUUUACUGUAGGGGCCUUGCUCGUUCUCUUAGUUUUUGUUGCAAAUCGAUGGCAGCCAGAACACAGAACUCCAACAAUUGGUUGGAAGACUAUGCGGAGUCGGAUCAAUGUUACGGCGUAGCGCUAAGGAAUUCUCCAUGUACAAUACACUCUCACCACGCCAAGCCAUUAUUAAAUAACGAAUAGUCCAUUCACGAAGUGGGGCUGUACGAUUCACUUUGAAUUCAUGGCACCACAGCCAUAUCUGCAUGUGUUUUUUGCUCGCGUGGGUGUCUGUGUACGGCGUUGGUGAGCCAGGCGACGGCGAGAACAUAGCAUGGGUUAUCCCAGCACAGAAGUAUGCAGUGGAAAUAGGAGGUGUGGCUUAUUUGCCUGUUCGUGCAGAAGUGGAGCAAACGGGUGUCACCGGCGUCGUGAUCGUGAGUCCCCUAAUGUGUUUUGUACAUCCAUGUGUGGAACGGAAUGCCGGUAUCCCGGCGAUGAUUAUACCCUUCUAGCGGGAUGCAAGGGAGAGAAACCUUCGCUUUCAUUUUUGGUGUUGUCUGGUCGGAUCAUUGCAUAAUAUUGUAGAUAUACUUUUGGUGGCAUCGCGUGCCGAGCGGGAACGACGGGCUCGAGCUAUUUAUUUACUAUUU